AUGCUCCAAAGAAGGCCAGAUGCAUCUGCUCCGGACGCCCUCACAGCUGUUACAAAGUCACUGCAGAAGGUGGCUGUUUUCCUGUUGCUACUGGUCGCCUUGGUUUGCGGGCACAUUUUGCUCUUCCACUUGCGAUCCGUCCUGGUGCCAUUCGUUCUCAGCGCGCUAGUGAUUUGUGCAGUGGAGCCAACAGUGAAUGGCCUUUACAAUCUAUUUUCAGGAAGAACACCACCAUACAGGUGGUUUUGCUGCUGCUGCCAUCGAAGGCGGAGAAAGGAUGCCUACUUCGGUGAGGAGAGUGAAGAUCCUGAUCGAGAUGCCUUGGAGCCCUUGAGUGGUUCCAGUGAUGAGGAUCCUUUGUGUGAAGGUGCUGCACGCUGCGCAUCCGUGAGUAUAGCGAUUUGUUUGAUCCUCUUGGUUGUGACUUUAUUGGCUGGCUCAUUGUUGGCUGGCGCUUUGCACCUUCGCGAAAGUUGGUCCAGCUACUCCUCGGGGGCUGAAAAUCUGGUUGCCAUGCUGCAGAGCAUCACUAGGAGACUUUCCUUGCGCUUGCAACUGGGUCAACAGACCGAUUCACAUCUGAAUGGGUUCUAUUCAUAUUUGCUUGACAAGGGCCAGGCAUUGGUGUCCGCUGUGGUCGAGGAGAUCAUUUCGGAUGUCUCCUCGUGUGUGGUCUCUUUGGUCAUCAUCCUUUUGUAUGUGAUCUUCGGACUUCUAAAUCCACUGCCAAUUGGUGGGAAUGUGAGCAACCUUGUACGAAGCUAUCUCUGGAAGAAGACUCUUGUCUCGCUCUUCUACGGCUUCUCAGUCUCUGCCCUCUUUCUGUUGCUGAACAAUGAUUUGGCAAUCUUCUUUGGAAUUGUUUCAUUCUUCUUCAACUACGUCCCAGAAGUGGGCACAAUCAUUGCGAUCAUGAUUCCCAUGCCCAUCAUACUUCUUGAUGGCCGACUUCCAUCGCCUGCCAUGACGUUGUUGAAGGCAACUGUGGGACAGCUCGCCAUGAAGAUUGUCUUCAACAACAUCAUUGAGACAUCUCUCAUCCAGUCAGAUGCAGAGAUGAAGGUCCAUCCUGUCUGGGUCCUGCUGGCCAUCAAUUACUUUGGCUUCAUUUGGGGCCCCGUGGGCAUGAUCAUCAGCGUGCCCAUCUUGUCGGUUCUGAAAGGUGCGGCGGUCUCAGCGAUUGAGCUUGAUGCAGACAAGGACGAUGUCACCAAGGCGUGGGCAGAAUCCUUCUUGGCCUGCCUCGAAGGUCGACCUCAAAAAGCUAGAGAGAAAUUUGAACAAGCAAUUGGAUCCUUCAGCCUUCCGCAAAGCAUGGAAGAGGAAAAGCUGCGAAACUUUGGUGAAUCCGCCAGUGCAGCAUAG